AUGGCCGAGACAGAGCAGAUAUCUAAAAAGAAUAAUAAAUUAUCUAAAACUGCAGAGCAACACAACAGUAACACAAGUGAUCAUGGACGAUCUUCAGAAUCAAUCAGUACCCAAGAACGCACAGAAGGUGAUUCCAGUCAAAUUGGCCGAGGUGUGUCCAUGGCAUCUGUUGCGAUAAACAGAGAAGAGUAUUUGCAAGCCUAUAGAGAUUUAACUAAUGAACUUCAUCAACUAAGAAUGAAGAACCACUUGCUUCAUCGCAGAUUAGCUGAUUACUAUAAGAAAAGAAAACAUGAGCAUGUUUUAAAAUCGCUAGAUAAUUCUGAUGAUUUAGAAGAAAAAUACCAACAAAAGUUGUUGACGUACAAUGAAUUAAAAGGCAAAGAAGAAAGGGAAAUGAAUGAAAUAAAGUCGCAAGUUCAAGUUGUGGAAGUUCAAUUUUUCGACCGACUGCAACAAGCUACAAAGAAAUUUGAUGACCUACAAUACCUAGAGAGAAACACGGGCACCGGCCUUAUUUACUCCAAGAAAGGAAAACCCAUAGCUGAAAAGACCGUAGAGAGACUGCUUACCUUGCAGAAACAUAAAUGUGAGCAAGCGUCAGCUAUGUGCCUACGUUAUAUUAGAGUAAGAAAUGCUGUAACUGAAUUGGAAACUACUGUUAGAAAAUUGGAAAAACUUGGUCCAGGGCUAUACGUAGCUCAAUACGAACAACUAUACAUAGAUAAACAAAAUUACAUGAACAAAAUAGAAGAAAGGGACGACGAAUUGAUUAAACAUCGCACCAAAUGUACUGAACAUAAUCAAAUUUUGGCACACAUCAGAGAAAAAAUGAAUCACACAGACGAAGUUAUUGAUUUUAGUCUGAGUGAUCUUGGUGAUACUGAACUAGAAUUUUUGAAAGCCAGAGAAGAACUUGGUCAACUCAAGAAUCACCGUAACAGACUACGUUGGUCGCUUGAAGCUGAACGACUAAAGGCGGGCUUACUUACAAGGAAGGAUUUGUUGCGUGAUUAUCAAAACGCCAUUGACGAGGGGGGAUCUUCAACUGACAGGGAAAUACCUGCUGAACUUCAAAAGCAGGAGGCAUCAUCAACUGAUAGGGAAAUACCUGCUGAACUUCAAAAGCAGGAGGCAUCUUCAACUGAUAGGGAAAUACCUGCUGAACUUCAAAAGCAGGAGGCAUCUUCGACUGAUAGGGAAAUACCUGCUGAACUUCAAAAGCAGGAGGCAUCUUCGACUGAUAGGGAAAUAUCUGCUGAACUUCAAAAUCAGGAGACAUCUUCAACUGAUAGGGAAAUGCCUGCUGAACUUCAAAGACAAGAGGCAUCUUCAACUGAUAGGGAAAUACCUGCUGAACUUCAAAAGCAGGAGGCAUCUUCAGCUGCUUCACUAUUAACAGUUUCCCAACAGCCUUUGGCAAAUGAAAAAUCGCAUAAGCCAAAAAAUAUAUUGCCUAAAAUUAUUCAACCUUACCCCAAAUCUAUGUUAAGCAUAUUUUAA